GAUCAUCUCAACAGAAUUAUUAAACACUCAGCAAGGCCACCAUCAUCAAUAAAGUGCCCUGCAAGAGGCGGAAGCGAACAUACGGUGAAGAAGCCGAGCGAGAAUGUUUGUUGGUGAUUUAUUUUCAGCAUUUUCAGUAACUCGUGAAAGUGAUCCGGAUAUUUACGAAAAUUCGUACAUGGCACUCAUCUGUACAAACAAACAUCUGUUCUCCGACCUGUACGAUGGAGUUGCUCGUAGGCCCAGUGUGAUGCCACUUCCGGUGUGAUGAUCGGCGAGGCCAAAACACUCGACAACAAAGUGAAGGUUUAAUAUGGCUUGUUGAAGGAACCGGAUGUUCAGACCCUAGUUCAAACUCCCCCUGAAGAAGAUGACGACAUGGAUCCGAAUGCUCCAGAUAAGCCUAAAAAGGAGAGGCCAAAAAAGGAUCAUCUGUUUUCGAAACAAUCGAAAUCCGAUCCCAAUGCACCGCCGCAGGAUCAAAUUCCGUUGCCAAAGUUGAAGGACGUAGACAAGGUGGAAAAGAUUAAGGCCCUGAGGGAGACUUCCAAGAGGGUCAAUCUGGGACCAGACUGUUUGCCGCCCGUCUGCAUGUACACGCUGCUUAACGCGAAUUAUACAGUAACUUGCGCAGAGAUAUGCGAAGACUCCAGUCUUAUUGCCAUAGGCUUUUCCGAUUCAUCCAUCAAAGUGUGGUCUCUGUCGCAUAUCAAGUUGCGAGAGAUGAAAACAGCGGACAUCUUGAAGGAAAUCGAUCGCGAUGCCGACGAUGUGCUGAUACGGAAGCUGGAUGAUCGCAAGGCGGAAACGAGUCCGAUGUUAUACGGCCACAGUGGUCCCGUGUAUCGCACUGCAUCCUCGCCGGACCGCACCAUGCUUCGGUCAUGUUCGGAGGACAGGAGCAAAAGCAAUGCGACGAACAGCGUCAGUGCACCGAAGUGGAAAAGUUGGAAAGAAUACAAAUCCAUUCCGGUAAGUGGUGGCUUUGUGAAUUGA